UAUAAAGUGCUUUAACAUGGAUGUAGAAAAUAGUUUCUUUAAGCAAAAAUAUUACAAUGGUCCUUCAUUAUCAGUUUAACAGUGAUAGUCCAAUAGUAACUGUUAUUAUCUACUGUUAUCUAAGUACUAUUUAAGCACAUUUUAAAACAAGCAUAGUAUGAGAAAUUUAAAAAGAAGUUUUUCAAAUUUCAUGAGUUGCAAUAUUGUUAUAUUCAAUUAUGUAUCAAUGUAGAUGUUUUUUUCUGGGAUGAGUGCAGGCAUCUGGUUUGCUCUUUGAUUCUUUUUUCUUUUUUUUUCUGGUCUGAGCCUAUGUCUCAUCUGAUGUUGUGCAGGCUGUAAUCCAAUCACUGGGGGAGAGAGCGUAAUCUAUGAUAAUCCCACAUCCAGAGAGAGAGAGAGCGAGAGAGAGAGAGAGAAGAGGGAAAGGUAGAAAGAGAAACCUAGUGACGUUUGUGUCAUUAAGAGAGACAGAAAUAGUUGAAAGCAGUAAUCUCUGAAGGCUACACCACAGCCUGUGUUAUUGGUCAGGCAGUGAGCAAAGCACACUACUACUAACUUUGCUCAGUGUUUGAAUGGGAUGUGCUUUUCCCCUGUAAUUCUGUCUGUCUCUCUGAUAUGGUCUCAUCUCAUCUGACAGCUGUCUGCCUGUGUCCCUAACCCUUGUUGUCAGGGAUACCUCUCCAUGGAGACUCACUCUCCAUUAUAGGGGAAGGCUUUAAGGCAGAGGAGACCCUCACCUUGAUGGAGCAACACGUUAAAAGAAGAUGAAGAAGGAAAGGCUGGCAAUAAGAGGGAACAAGUGGGAAGGUCACCUGUGAAGGACCCAUUAGAGUGAAAAACAGCAGAGUUUGGAAGAAGGAAGAGUUGGAUUGCAUGGAAAUUACUUGUCAGGAUGGGCUACGAUCUCGACAGGUUUGUUGGCUACGUGAAUGAGGGUCUUCUGUGCUGUGUGUGUCGAGACGUGUUGGAGCGCCCCCUGCAGGCGCCCUGUGAACACGCCUACUGCAGCGCCUGCAUUAGCAGUUGGCUGCUCCAUCACCACAGCUGCCCCGAGGACAGGCUGCCGCUUGAUGUGAACAGUCUCAAACCACUGUACAGGUACAUGAGAAAUGACCUGAACCGUCUACAGAUCCGCUGCAUAAAUGCAGGUCAGGGAUGUGAGGUGAUCAGCUCCCUGGAAAACCUUCACACGCAUGAAGACGAGUGUGAGUUUGCCUUUGUGUCCUGCUCUAACACAGGAUGUCCUGUGCAGGUGGAGAGACGUGGAUUGGAGGCUCAUCUGUCUGAAUGUAAUUUCCGCAGCAGAGAGUGUCCCAAUGGCUGUGGCCAUACGCUCCUCUCUCCGGACCAGUCACAGCAUAACUGUGUGGCAGAGCUGCGCACAGAAGUAGACAUGCUCAGAGCAGAGAUGCUGUGCAAGUUGGGGGAGGUGAGAAGGGAGAUGGAGUCUAGGUUGGACUCACAGAGGAGGCAUAUGGUGCAGAAAGAGUCACAGUUGAAGAGUGAGGUGGAGGAACUCAAGGGUCAGUUGUCCCGUGUGAAGUGUGACAUGCGAGCUCUGUUGGGAGCAGAGCGUCUGAGGAGACAGGAGCUGGCAGAAGCCGAGCUGGAGAAGAGGGAACUGUUGGAGCUCCUCAGAGACCUGCAGCCAAUCAAGAGUCAGGAUGUGGGUGAAGAGACGGACAGGGACCCGCAUCAGGGAGAACAGCAGUCGCCUGACUGGGACCCGCUUCCCGGGACAAGACACCAGAAGAGAGAGGCGUCUUUACACGCCUCCAGCCUCUCUCUUCAUUCAGCUCAGGCUCUAAACAUAUCUGGUCCACCCCCAUCACCAAAGCUGGGCGAGGGGGCUCGAAAAGGCGGAACCCGGAGUCUGACCCUGGACUGCAUAAAGAGGAAGAGCCGAGAGGUGACAGUCAUCUGAGUAAGAUGGACCCAGGGAAUAUUAGCUAACCAGGGAAUAUCAAAUCUUUAUUUUUUUCCUAUAUGACAGCAUGUGGUAAAGUGGUUUUUAGUUCCGAGCAUGACCUGAACCUUAAGUUAUCUGUUGAUACAAGUGAAAAUAAAAACAAAGUGAAGAAUAGGUGCACUGUGACAUCCACAUUGCACCUGAGGAACUGGCAAAAUCACCUCAGCGCAGUGUAACGGAAAUAGUCCUUAGAUUCUUUUCUAUUUACAAGUAAAAAUAUUUCAUAUGUAUUUCAAGUCCAGAGCCAUUUUUUUUCUUAUGCAUUUAAUGCAAACGUUGUUUAUAUAAAGUGUAAAACAUGUUUAAAUUAUUUCAAGGUUAACUUAAAAUGUAUCCAACCGUGUCUGUCAGCCAAUAUAGUUUGUGGUGAAAACACUG